AUGGCAGUGCCAGGGGACAGAGCCAAAAGGCAGUCACGGGCCGACCUGUUGAGGGUCUGUCAGACGGUCCCUUCCAGGGUGGCCUUCCUUUGUUUCCUCUCUUUGCUCCUGGUGGCUGCUGUGGUUUGGAAGAUCAAACAAAGUUGUUGGGCCUCCAGGCGUAGAGAGCAACUUCUUCGAGAGAUGCAACAGAUGGCUAGCCGUCCCUUUGCCUCUGUAAACGUCGCCUUGGAAACAGAUGAAGAACCUCCUGAUCUUAUUGGGGGGAAUAUAAAGACUGUUCCCAAGCCCAUUGCACUGGAGCCAUGUUUUGGCAACAAAGCCGCUGUCCUCUCUGUGUUUGUGAGGCUCCCUCGAGGCCUGGGUGGAAUCCCCCCUCCCGGACAGUCAGGUCUUGCCGUGGCCAGCGCCCUGGUGGACAUUUCUCAGCAGAUGCCAAUAGUAUACAAAGAGAAGUCGGGAGCCGUGAGAAACCGGAAGCAGCAGCCCCCUGCACAGCCUGGGACCUGCAUUUGAUGCUGGGGCCAGGGACUCUCCCGCGCAAGAGCGAGCGAGUGGCACGCCAGAGCCGUCUGCAGGGGAAGGCGCGGCAGGGAAACAGCUGUUCGGGUUCGGGGCAGAAACUGGAAACCUCGAAGCAUCUGACUCACCUGCAUGAUCACAAGCUUUCUUUGAUGGUUUCUCCCAUCCGUGUUCCAGCAUCUAACCUUUUACUUUUGCAUAGGAAAUACUUGAUUUAAUUAUAGGUCCAAGGAUGAGCUGAAUAUUGCUGGAGGAGGCCGGUGUGGAGCCAGUGAGCGAACUAGGAAUGACACUCAGGUUCACUUGUGGAAACUGUUCUUGAAACUGUCUCAACUGUGCAAAAAACAGAAGAUGGAGUGUUUACACGUAGACGUUUGUCAUCAGUUGUUCUUGAACAUGGUCUUUUAAAAACUAGUCAGAUGAAUUAACUUGUCUUCAUCUGAAGCCUGCUAUCUUUUUUAAAAGAUGUGAUAUUUAUUCUUGCACGAUUUAAGAAGAUAUCUCUCUUCCAGGGAGUAGCUUUUUCUAGUUGAGAAUUAAUAACGGUCCAUCUCUUUUGAAUUAUAACAAGCUAGGAUAGAAGGGGGCUAUUUUAAUUGUCAAGGUCAGCAGUAUCACUUCUAAUGUAAACUGAUGAUAUAAUAGGUAGUUUUCUAUAGCAACUUGAUUGAGUGUUAAUUCAUUUGAAAUUCUCUUUCUUCCUUUCUCUGUCCCUCUCCCUAUCUCCUCCAUCUUCCUCCUCUUCCCCCUCCCUCCUCCCUCUCCCUCUGCAUCUCUCUCUUGUGCACAUGCACACACACACACAUACACACACACACUAAGUGCCUAGACUUUAAAUAGAUCUAGCAAUUGGAAAGUUAGUAAGCCUAAGUUUUUACAUAAUUGCAUUCCUACAUUCUUGUAAAAUUUAAAUAGCUACCAUUGGCAACCUCCUCUUUUUCUAAAAUCUAAUUUGCAGCCAGGAAAGAAUUUUCUCAUCCGAAGGAACAUUUGACCUAGCAGCAGGGACUGAGAAGGAAGCAAAAAUGAACUAACUAUGAAAGGUCCUGUUUUUAUUGUCAAAAAGGUGUCUCCACUCCCACCCCCUUGUCACCCUAGGCCUGAUGUUUGGUCAGCCCUCUGGCCUCUUCCUCCUAGGGCACCACAGAGAAAAGGACUCACUUAUGUCACAUGUCUCCUUGAGCAGAAAAGAGCGCUAAGAGCACUUGGGAACCCUGGAUCAAAGAGCGACUGUGUGUUCCUGGAUCCUGCUGUGAACUUGUAGAUCAUUCUCAGGCUGGGGUAGAACUGGAUGCCAGGAGAGGGACAGCCUCCUGUUUUCAGGAUACCUUGCCCAAAGCCUGGAACAGGACCUGGAGCCAUCUGCCCUCUUUCCCAGGAAGGGUUCAGCCCACCCAUCCUCCUUCCCAGAGCAAGGUGGUAGCUGUGAGGAAGGCAGCUAAGGUUGAAAAGCACAUGAAGAAGAUGGAUGAGGAGGGAGAACCCUCUGCCAAGUGGAACGUGACAGAUUGAAGAGGGCGGGGCAGUCCCCCACUCUUCUCCCACAGGGCACUGCCUGGAUGGCACGUUCUCCGCAUUUAUGGUGCUCUGUAUUCUGGCAUUAUGCAGCAGCCUCCCCGACUCUUCUGCUCCCAAACCUGGGAUUCUCUGGCAUAAGCCUGUUGGGAUGGACCUCUGGACAGCAAUGCUCAAGUUUGUGAACUUGGAGAGAUGUAAUACUCAAAUGAGCAACAGUGGUGGCAUUUCCCGUCUAAAUGCUGUGUCUGGAGAAGGGGCAUGACCUCUCCCACAACACUGACACCCUCCCCGUGAAGAAUCACCUGGAAGAUGUUUUCUGGCAAGCUGAAUCAUAAAACACUAAUGCACAAAACACCUCCGCUUUGAGACUCACCUCUCAAAAAGCUUUUUUCCCACAUUAUUGUUAAAGAGCAGACGGUUCUAGAAAAGACCCUCCUCCCAUGAGCUCCCCACAUCCCUACUCCAGAACACAGCACCCGCAGAGAGCGUGCAGCGGCCUGGCCCUUCCCCUGUAAUCACCACAGGCCCCUGGCAAAGCAGCAGUGAGGCAGUUGGGGAUUGUCCUCCAAGGAAGAUCCUCCUGCUGUGUUCAGAGGACCUGCUUUUCCUUGGCCAAAGAAGUCUCUUCCCCAUGUUAGUGCUAGGCCUUGAAAUAACAUGACCCGCAGCCAUCUGGCUAAUUUUUUUUUCCUGAAAGAUCAUGUUUAUUUUUUAAAAGGAAAGGGGCAAGUGAAGUUUAAUUUUGCUCCACCAGUGGAGAAACAGCAGAACCCACCUGCUUCUUUGCAGUCCGCAGCCCACAGCACACAGCUUCCUCCAGGCUCAGGGCAGAAAAAGGGAAUGGCAGGGAGAGGAACUCAUCACAGCACCAGUUGCCAAGAGGGAAUGGGUUGUCGUCUGGUAACUUUGCGUGUCACGGAGAGCCUGUAUAUAAAUUAAAGUAAUCAAGAAAACAUUGUUCCUGUACUUGUACAUAACUAUACAGUAGUGUCCAGAAUGUUCAGACAUUUGGAGCGUACAUAAAACAGAGAAAUACCUUACUGUAUUUUUAAUUAAAUGUUAAGGAUGUCUGAGUUUCACCUAAGAUGUUUUUGUGCCAUAUACUGGAUAUUCAAGUUCUGAGAAGUCCUCUUGUCAGGCCCUGAUACAUAAAUAACAAGCCAAGAAAUGUAUCCCUGUCGUGAUGGGUUCAGAUGCGGCUGGACCAGUUAGAUGAUUCUUAAAACAGGACUCUACUGGAAUGCACGUGAGAGUCAGGUAGUCUGUGUAGACAGCAGCACUCAAGGAGGCUCAGGCAGCAAGAGGGCAUGUCGCGAGUCUUUCUGGCAGCCUCUUGGGACUGUGGGUGGCGAGGGACAGCCAGUGUUGUCCUGAAAAAUGUUUCUUAGUCUUCAGGUUCAAAGACUGUAUAACCUGUGGAAAUCAGACUUUCCAUAAAGGGGUUCUCUAGGCUGCAUAUUUUUUUUGUGGUUUUAUCCAAAUUUUAAAUGACCAUUUCCCAGAAUCAUAGUUUAUUAUACUGCAAACUGGGAGUGGAAGCAGGGAGCUAGUGGACUGAUAAGCUCCCAUCUUCCCGUGGAGGAUUUCACACACCCUGCACUCCUGUCUACCUCCUGCCACCUCUGUACACACAGGUGGGGCGAGUCUGAGGAUCACCUGCAAAGGUGGAAGGAGGUGUGGAGAGAAGGUGCCCAUACUCCCCUGAGCUGCCCCGGAGGAAUGGCAGCCCUGGACAGAAGACUGUCAGCAACAG